UUUCUCAUCUCUGUUUUAUGUUCUUUGCUUGCGUCAUAGGAUACUCGGCAUAUUUAAAUGAAAGAUUUUUAUUUCUAUUAUUUUUUUCCCUUUCCAAUUUGAUUGAUUGAAGGGGGCAUUUUGUUAGAUUUUUAGUAAUGAAAUUGGGAACUUUGUUUUUAGCCUAUGCAAUUUUGCUUGUGAUAUGCAAAGGAUUUGAAUCAAAUAAAUCAUAAUCUUCUCAUCUUAUAUGAUCUUUCCUGCAUGAUGAUAAUUUUGCUUUUUCACUUCUUGCUUUGUUGGUUUUGUGGGGUAGAGGAGGAUUGGCUUCUGAGAAUUCUGAUGUUUUAUUUCUAUAAUCGGCAGUGGCGUUUUGUUUUGCUUCCUUGGUUGCGACACUCUUUCUGAUCCGAUAUAUUUCAGUGUUUUAUCAGGAAAUAGAUACAUAAUUUCUUGAAUUUUCUUGAAGUUUUAGAAGGUGAGAGUACUCGAUGAAGUUUUCUAAAGUUUAAUCUUCGAUUAAGGAUGAAGGGUAGGAAAUGGAGGAAGGGCGAGAGAAGCUUCCUUAAACCGAUUGUACAGAUGACAAUGAAGUGCUUUUGUUCAGGGGAGCAGUUUAGGGCGAAUGAGAUGAUUCAAUCUGCUAAUUCUCAAACCACAAAGGACUGUUCGACCAGUAAAUGGUCUUCUCAAAAUGGCGAGGGUGAGCGGCGGUUUGACAAUUGCAGUAUAGAGGAAGCUGAAUCAUCACUUCGCGAGGGUGUUUGCCUUAAUUACGAGGAAGCUAGGGCCUUGCUUGGGAGGCUAGAAUACCAGAGAGGGAAUAUAGAAGCAGCCCUUCGUGUAUUUGAUGGAAUAGACUUUUCUGCCCUUGCUCCUAAGAUAAAAAUGUCUAUAACUAGAAGAAAAGGUCGCAGGAAGGUUCGUUCACGUGAUGAUGGACAGCCGAUGUCCUUGCAUGCUGUUAGUUUACUCAUCGAGGCUAUAUUUCUUAAAGCGAAAGCUCUUCGUGAUCUUGGAAGAUUCAAAGAAGCUGCCCAAGAAUGCAAUAUUAUAUUGGAUACUGUGGAGCCUGCAUUACCUGAAGGCUUGCGUGGAAACCAUGGCAUCGAUUCAAAAUUACAGGAAAUAGUUGCCAAGGCAGUCGAAUUGCUCCCUGAGCUAUGGACAUUAGCGGGUUAUCCACAUGAAGCCAUUUCUUCAUAUCGAAGGGCACUUCUUAGUCACUGGAAUCUCGAAGCAGAGACCGUUGCAAGAAUACAAAAAGAAUUUGCUAUAUUUCUUCUGUAUGGAGGUUGUGAGGCAAGUCCACCAGACCUUCGCUCUCAAACGGACAGUUCCUUUAUACCAAGAAACAAUUUGGAAGAAGCCAUUCUUCUUUUGAUGAUUCUGCUAAGGAAAUUCACCCUCAAGAGGGUUGAGUGGGAUCCAACCGUUAUUCAACAUCUCAGUUUUGCACUAUCUGUUUCUGGACAGCUGAAAUCUCUAGCAAGCCAGGUCGAAGAAUUAUUACCUGGUGUGUUGGAUAAGACAGAACAACUAUAUACUCUUGCAUUGUGCUACAUGGGGGAGGAUGACGAUGUAACUGCUUUGAACUUGCUGAAAAUGCUACUGAAAGACAGAGAGGAGCCGGAUUGUCUAAAAGCACUGUUGCUAGCUUCAAAAAUUUGUGGCGAGAAAAGCAGUUUUGCAGAAGAAGGUGUCUCCUUUGCACGCAGGGCUCUUGCCAAUUUGAAUCGAGGCUGUGAUCAUAUGGAAAGUGUAGCGAGUUCUCUACUUGGGAUUUCUCUUUCAGCUCGAGCUAGAAGCUGUUUUUCUGAUUCAGAAAGGGUUUCUCUGCAGUGUGAAGCCCUCGAGGCGCUAGAAAAAGCAGAAAAGAAAAUGCGUGGGAAAGAUUAUAGGGUAAUAUAUAAUCUCAGUCUGGAAAAUGCUGAACAGAGGAAGUUAGAUGCUGCACUUAGCUAUGCAAAGCAGCUUCUGCGCUUAGAGGCCGGGUCAAACAUACGGGGGUGGGUUCUGUUGGGUCGAAUAUUCAGUGCGCAGAAACGGUUUCUUGAUGCUGAGGCUGUAAUUAAUGCUGCUAUAGAUCAGACUGGAAAGUGGAGCCAAGGAGAGCUCUUAAGGACUAAAGCAAAAAUUCAGAUUGCGCAGGGGAAAUUGAAGAAUGCAGUCGGGACGUAUAUGCAGCUUCUUGCCAUUAUUCAGCUUAAGACUAAAAACUUUGGUGCGGGGAUGCAGUUUUUGAAGGGUCAAAAGAACGACAGAAGUCUGGAAAUAGAGACAUGGUAUGAUCUAGCUCAUGUUUACUUAAGCAUGUCACAGUGGAGGGAUGCAGAGGCUUGUCUCUCCAAGCUAAAGGCUAUUAGUCCUUAUUCGGCAUUAAGCUGUCAUGCUACAGGGCAGCUGUAUGAAAAGAAAGGUCUUUCAAAAGAAGCUUUUGGGGCAUAUACUAAAGCGCUGGACGUAGAACCUGCGCACGUUCCAAGCCUGGUAUCCACGGCUAUUGUUCUGCGACAGCUCGGCGACCGGCCGUUAUCCACCGUGAGGUGCUUUUUAACUCGAGCUCUGCAGCUGGACAGGACGAACCAUGCAGCGUGGUUUAAUUUAGGUCUGCUUUAUGAAGCCGAAGGUGCUAGAUCAGCACGUGAAGCCGCCGAGUGCUUUCAAGCUGCUGCUCUUCUCGAAGAGACUGCGCCUGUUGAGCCGUUCAGAUGACUUCCGUGCGUAGCGGGGAAAAUAUUCUGUAAGAUAUUUUACACCUCUGAGAAUGAGUAAAAUGAUUUAGCCUUAUGUAAAGCUUAUAAAUUAUAGCUUUCUCAAAAGAUCAGGAGAAGUAGUGUCCCUACCUUUUUCUUCUUCUUCUUUUCUUUUCUUCCCUCUAACACUCCCCCUGUAGUGACUGAAUUAGAACCUACAGGCCUCAUUUUGUUACUGAGUUUUUUCAACUCAAAUCCUGUGCAGUUGAAUGAGCCGGCAUACGGAACAUAUCUGAUCUUGUUACUGUUGAUUAACUUGCGAACUCAGAAACAAACAAGUUACCAGUCAGUUCUCUUUUUUUCUGUUUGGUUGGGUUGCCAAACUAAUCCUAUAAAUGUACAGAAUGCAAACAAUCUGCCAUUUGCCGGCACAUUCAGUUGCAUAUAAUUUGAGUUUAAAAAAGCAGAAUAGGAACAAAAAGAGCCAAAAUUGUAACCUGAUGAGGCCUAUCUUGCUAUAUUUUGUCGACUUCUAUCCUUCUUGACCAUUGAGGUAGCCACCUACAGGGAUGAAGGUUUUUCUUCUGUAAAGUAUUGCAACCUUUGUAUUCAUUGCUAGAGACCCCAUUGCCCUAAUUCCUUUGUGAACCAUGCCUUGAAACUCUCGUGUCAUUUGUGCCGUCGAAUAACGGAGAUGCUGUCGCGUCGGUUCAUCGCAUGCGAAUAAUGGAGAUAAGUUUUGCACUGGAGAAAUCAGAUUUAUAUUCCUUUUUGUGGCUGCUACAGCUUUAAUGCAGUUCAAUGACUGGGAACUGGUGUUGUUUUAGUGUUUCACAUUUCAUGUUAAUGUUUUUUGAAUCUUUUUCAUGUUUCAUGUUAAUAUCUUGUAAAAUUAUACAGUUGGAGCAAAAUGAUUAAUUCAAACGAAGUAAUUUUAUUUUUUA